UCAUUAGGACAUUCCGAAAUGAGAAUCGAAUUGCUAGACGUCCAGAUGUUGGGGGCAGAGGCAGAAUGUUCACUCCAGAGCAAGAGACCCAUAUAGUGAACAUGGUGAUUGCCAAUAAUGCAAUAAGACUGCGCGAAAUACAGCAGCGCAUAAUUGAUAAUGACACCAUCUUUCAAAAUAUACACAGUGCAAGCAUUUCUGCACUAAGUCGUGUACUUGCGCGCCACAGAAUAAGAAUGAAGCAAAUUUACAGAGUUCCUUUCGAGAGAAACACAGAACGUGUAAAGCAACUGCGAUAUGACUAUGUGCAGAGAGUGAUGGAACUAGAAGCAGAUGCAAUGGGACAUGAGCUACUUUUUGUGGAUGAGGCCGGUUUUAACCUCAGUAAAACCAGGAGACGUGGCAGGAACAUUAUUGGACACCGUGCCAUCAUCAAUGUCCCAGGACAGCGUGGUGGUAACAUAACCAUGUGUGCAGCUAUAAGCCAAAAUGGUGUUGUUCACCAUCAUGCAACCAUAGGCCCAUACAACACUGCACACAUUAUUGCAUUCCUGGACAUCUUGCAUGACAUGCUCACUGUUCAGAGACCAGAGCAGAUCCGAUAUGUCAUCAUAUGGGACAAUGUUAGUUUCCAUAGGGCUGCUUUGGUCCGCAACUGGUUUACAGACCACCCAUCCUUCAUGGCACUCAACCUCCCUCCAUACUCUCCAUUCUUAAAUCCCAUCGAGGAGUUCUUCUCUGCCUGGCGCUGGAAAGUGUACGACCGUCAUCCUCAUCAACAGGUAGCCCUUUUACAGGCAAUGGAGGAGGCAUGUGGAGAUAUUGACCAGGCAUCAUGUCAGGCCUGGAUACGCCAUUCAAGGAGAUAUUUUCCCUGGUGCCUUGGACUGGAGGAUAUCGCAUGCGAUGUGGACGAAAUUUUGUGGCCGGACCCAGAAAGACGACAUGAUGUAGGCUGAUUGUCU